AUGGUCACCACAACCGAGGCAACCAAUCCAUCAUCCGCGUCGUCCCAAUCCGGAGGGCCUCUCUACCCGCACUACCUGCCCGUCCGGCCCGAGGGCUUCACGCCCACGCUCGACGUGCCGCCCUUCGAGGCUGCAGAGCCCGGCCUUCGCGCCGACCCGGCGAAGCCCGACCUCUUGGGCGGUGGCGCGAAGGGCGGUGCGUCGAGUGUGCUGACGAACAUCACGCCGCGCAUAGGCACUGAGAUCCGGGGCGUGCAGCUGAGCGCCCUCUCCAAGGCCGGGCUGGACCAGGUGGCGCUGCUGGCGGCCGAGAGGGGCGUCCUUGUGUUUGUAAGGAAAAUGCAAUUCAUUGAUGAUUUUGAUAGACUUAGAGACCAGGACUUCGCGGACAUCGGCUUCGACAGGCAGCGCGAGAUCGCAGAGCACUAUGGCCCGUUGCACAAGCACCCCACCAUGGGCUAUCCCGAGGGCACUGGGCCCGAGUUCCACGUCGUUUACGCCGAUGAGAAAGUAGGCAACCUCCGCACCCUCCUCGGCCCCCGCACGACCUACGACCUCUGGCACAUCGACCAGACCUUCACGCCCAACGUCCCCUCAACAACCCUCUUCUUCAACCUCGAGACGCCCGCGUCCGGCAGCGGCGGCGACACGGCCUUCACCUCGCUGACAUCCGCCUACGCCGCCCUCUCGCCGACCUACCGCCGCACCCUGCACUCGCUCCGGCUGCUGCACACCAGCGCCUCGGUCGGCGAGGUGGCGCGCGUCGGCCAAGAGCGUGCCCUGCGCGAGGCCGUCAAGGCCGAGCACCCGCUCGUCAUCCGCCAUCCCGUCACGGGCCAGCCCGCGCUGUUCGUCAACCCGACGAUCGCGCGCGAGGUGGUGGGCUGCCUGCCCGAGGAGAGCGCGCACGUGUUGCGGUUCUUGCACGAGCACAUUCGGAGUUUGGACUUUUCGUGUCGGGUGAGGUGGGAGAAGGGGACGGUGGUGGUUUGGGAUCAGAGGAGCGCGGCGCAUACGGCGAUUCCAGAUUUCGAGGUGGGCGAGAGGAGGCACAUGGUUAGGCUGCUGCCUUACGGGAGCAUCCCGCAGGCGUAUGCGCCGGAGAACGGUGGUGAGAAAUGA